CUGGUUUUCUGGGCGGAGGUCUGGAGGUCUGUCUCUCUGAGUCUCUGAGAGGAAAAGUUUGAUCUGAAUCUGUGGACUGUUUCUAACUAGUCCUCGUCUUCUUGUCCUCGUCUUGUCCUCGUCUUGUCAUCGUCUUGUCCUCGGCCAUCAUGUCCGGUGUGGCGUCCACUCUGGCCAAGAAGCGGGCCCUGGCGGCGGGCUUCGGAACCAACGCUAAAGCGGUCCGGUACCUGAACCAGGACUUCGACGCUCUGCGGGCUGGCUGCCGCUCCUCCGGGAGGCUGUUCCAAGACCCGACGUUCCCCCCCGCUGCCGAGGCGCUGGGCUUCAACGAACUGGGCCGGAACUCACACAAGGUCCGGGGAGUCACCUGGAAGAGACCUACGGAACUGGUCUCUAAUCCUGAGUUCAUCGUGGGCGGAGCCACCAGGACCGACAUCUGCCAGGGAGCUCUGGGUGACUGCUGGCUGUUGGCGGCCAUCGCCUCUCUGACGCUGAAUGAGUACGUGAUGGCGAGGGUCGUUCCCACCGAUCAGGGCUUCGGUGACGACUACGCCGGCAUCUUUCACUUCCAGUUCUGGCAGUUUGGCGAGUGGGUGGACGUGGUGAUCGAUGACCGUCUGCCGUGCAAAGACGGAGAGCUGCUGUUCGUCCACUCGGCGGAGGGCAGCGAGUUCUGGAGCGCCCUGCUGGAGAAGGCCUACGCCAAGGUGAACGGCUGCUAUGAAGCGUUGUCUGGCGGCUCCACCACCGAGGGCUUUGAGGAUUUCACCGGAGGCAUCGCCGAGAACUUCGACCUCCGAAAACCCCCCUCCAACCUGUUCCAGAUCCUCAAGAAGGCCCUGGAGGCCGGAGCGCUGUUGGGCUGCUCCAUCGACAUCACCAGCGCCUCAGACUCGGAGGCCGUCACCCGUCAGAAGCUGGUGAAAGGCCACGCCUACUCGCUGACCGGCGCCGUGGAGGUGAACUACCGCGGUCGGAUGGAGAAGCUGGUGAGGGUGAGGAACCCCUGGGGUCAGGUGGAGUGGACCGGAGCCUGGAGCGACGGAUCGUCUGAGUGGCAGUCCGUGCAGGGAGAUUGUCCACACGCCAACUCAGAGGAUGGAGAGUUCUGGAUGUCCUACACCGACUUCCUGCGUCACUACUCUCGUGUAGAGGUGUGCACUCUGACCCCCGACACCAUUGAGGACGACUCCGUCAAACACUGGAGCGUCAGCAAGUUCGACGGCACCUGGAGGAAAGGAUCCACCGCCGGAGGCUGCAGGAACAACCCCUACACAUUCUGGAUGAAUCCUCAGUUCAUCAUCAAGCUGGAGGAGGAGGAUGACGACCCAGAAGAUGGAGAAGAUGGCUGCAGCUUCGUGGUCGGUCUGAUCCAGAAGAACCGCAGGAAGCUCCGGAAACAAGGAGAAGACAUGCACACCGUUGGGUUCGCCAUCUACGAGGUUCCCGAACAGUUCUGCGGGCAGACGCAGGUGCACCUGGAUAAGAACUUCUUCCUGAGUCACGCUCAGACGGCCAAGUCAGAAACCUUCAUCAACCUGCGUGAGGUCAGCACUCGCUUCAAACUGCCGCCGGGAGAGUACCUGAUCGUCCCGUCCACCUUCGAGCCGCACCUCAACGGAGACUUCUGCAUCCGGGUGUUCUCCGAGAAGCAGACGGAGACCGUACCCUGUGACGACCCGGUCAGCGCCGAGCUGGACGAUGAGACGGUGUCUGAUUCGGAGGUGGACGCAGGAUUCAGAGGCCUCUUCACCAAACUCGCUGGAGCCGACAUGGAGAUCUCUGCGGCAGAGCUGAGGACCAUCCUGAACAAGAUCGUCUCCAAACGAACUGACAUCAAGACUGACGGCUUCAGUAUGGACACCUCCAGGAUCAUGGUGAACCUGAUGGACGACAGCGGUAACGGGAAGCUCGGCCUCGGAGAGUUCGCCACUCUGUGGAAGAAGGUGCAGAGAUAUCUGUCCAUCUAUAAGAAAAACGACUCGGAUAACUCGGGGACGAUGAGCACGCCUGAGAUGAGAGUCGCCUUCAAAGACGCAGGUUUCACCCUCAACAACACCAUCUACCAGCUGCUGGUGGCUCGAUACUCCGACCCCGACAUGACCAUCGACUUCGACAAUUUCGUGGGCUGUCUGAUGAGGCUUGAGAUGAUGUUCAAGAUCUUCCAGAAGCUCGACGCCAACGAGAGCGGCUCCAUCGAGCUCGACUUCACCCAGUGGUUGAACUUCGCCAUGAUCUGAGCCGUCGCUCCGUGUUCGCCCGGAGCUUCAGUGUUACUGCAAAACGCCAUAUUCCUGUUUACAGCUGCAGCUUCUCUUCCUGUCACUAAUGUUUCAUAAUCGUACACUGACCGAGUCCAUGUAGAGUCAAUAAAGUUAUCCACCAACCUGUAA